GUUUAAAUAUUAAUUUAUUUUAUUUGUUGACAAAAUAAAUAGUCUAACGAAGAAGAGAAUGAUAUAAAUGAGUAUACAGCCUUGAAAAUGUAAGGGCUAAAUGCACUGCAAUGAAAACCUCUGCCAAAGGCAUCCAUAUAAUGCAAAAUGAUGAAUUACACACUGACUGAAAGAAUUGUAUGAACAAAAUUCUAAAUGGGUUCUAAGUGUAAAUUGCCUUUUCAACAGUGCAAUAAAGGGUGGAGAGAUAAAACCUGAACCAUGGAGCUCGCGCUUUUGCCAUGUAAGAGGAUGGUGAGAAAGGCUGGGAGAUUGCUAUCUCAGUGACGUGCAUACAGGCAAUAUUUCAUUGCGCCAGCAGGACAGAGCAACAAGAACAUCACCUGAAAACCACCUGAAGAUCAAAACAUCAACCAGUGAACGCCAUCACUCUGAGCAGGCAAAAGGAUUAUCAGAAGCUAUCAUAUAUGCAUUAUUAUUUUGGUGAAAUUGUCAGAAAUGUAUAUAUUAUGAUACGCGCAAACGCGCACCUUGAUCCGCUCCUGGACUCUAAAAAAAACUUUAAAGGGUUUUUAAAAGCGCAGGAAAAUCUCCAUUGAGUUUCUCUUCUGGGGAAUCAAUAAACCAGGAGAACAAACUGCAGAGUUGUUGUUUCUGGCGACGCGUAAAAACAAGCUGACAGUAAAGAUGAACAUCCAAAACAGCAGUGAAUUAGAGAGACCUGAGAUCAACAUAGACUUUGAUGCACCUGAAAAAUCAUUAUUCGGCAUUGGCACCGACAACUUCGUCACUCUUCUGAUUUUCGGACUCAUUUUUUCUCUGGGUGUCCUGGGAAACUCUCUGGUCAUCACCGUCCUGGCGCAACGCAAACCUGGACAGCACCGCAGCACCACCAACAUUUUCAUCUUGAACUUGAGUAUCGCAGAUCUGUCGUAUCUUCUCUUCUGCAUCCCUUUUCAGUCAACAGUCUACAUGUUGCCCACCUGGAUCCUGGGUGCCUUUAUUUGCAAGUUCAUCCACUACUUUUUUACAGUGUCCAUGCUGGUGAGCAUCUUCACUUUAUCUGCCAUGUCGGUAGACAGGUACAUCGCCAUCGUGCACUGCAGGAAGUCGUCGUCGAUCAGAGUUGCGCGGCAUGCAUUGAUCGGGGUGAUGGUGAUAUGGGUGCUGUCUUUCGCCAUGGCCACCCCUGUUGCCUAUUACCAGGGCAUCGUGGAAAGCGAGGAUAACAGUACGUUUUGCUGGGAAGUGUGGCCAGACCACAGCAGGAGGAAAAUUUAUGUGGUGUGCACAUUUGUGUUUGGAUAUGUGCUGCCGUUGAUUCUGAUAUCUUUCUGUUAUGCUAAGGUCCUCAAUCAUUUGAAUAAAAAACUGAAAAAUGUUUCCAAAAAGUCUGAAGCAUCUAAAAAGAAGACUGCUCAGACAGUACUGGUGGUCGUGGUGGUCUUCUGCCUCUCCUGGCUGCCCCAUCACGUGGUUCAUCUCUGGGUCGAGUUUGGCUCCUUCCCCCUCAACCAGGCGUCCUUCGUGUUCCGGGUGGCCGCUCACUGUCUAGCCUAUAGCAACUCUUCAGUUAACCCUGUUAUAUACGCGUUCCUCUCUGAGAACUUUAGGCAGGCGUAUAAGCAGGUUUUUCGGUGUCAGGUUACUUCUGAAUGUCCCACGAAUGAAGCCAGAGAGAUGAAGAGCAAGAUGGAGGCAGGGCCGUCCACCAAUUGCACAACUGUGUGACAUCUGCGGCUGUAAUGUUUGUCAUAUUCAUGAUGCCUUUCAAAGGCUCAGGAGAAGACAAGGACCUUGAUUCGAACUGAGCAUAAUUCAUCACUGUUUAAUGUUGGUCAAUGCAUUGGUUAUAUUAUUAGUACAUUUCAUGAAUUAAGCCUUGUGUGAUGAUGAUGAAAAUAGGCAUUUUCUCUGUGCUUACUCAUGAUGAUGUAAUUCUGGGUGUAUCAUUUGCUAGAGAUCUAAAAUAGUAAGAGUAAAAAUGUUUGGGACCUGUAGUCUGAGUGAAAUUAAAUCCGAAAUUUAAUCAGCUGUUAAGUCAUGCCAUCAUAGACUUUAACCUGAGUCUACAGAAUACAUGUUUAAAAUUAUAUUGGUUUCCUAAAGGUAUCCAAACAAGAUUUCUGUUCAAGUUAAAUUUAAGAACCACCCCAGGCACCUCUGAAUAAGAUGACUCCAGGCGACCCAUCACUUGAAGAAUAUGAAAUGAACAUCAUCACGAUUAAAAUUGAUAAGUGUCCUUAACUUUGAUGGGAACUCAGAAACUCAAUCUAUAUGCGUUACACUAAGUGCACACUCUGGACUGAAAAAUCCAAUCAUAAGACGCCGAACUGCCCUAGGGUCACGAUAAGUGGUUAUGUAUAUCUGUUCAUUUAUUCACAAGAGACAUGACAAGAUUACCGCUGGGAUAAAUGUACCUGAAUUACUGAUAAUGGAUUAUACUGUAAGAAGGUCGUGCAGGCUGCAUUGUCACGAUCUCACAACUCACAGAAUGGAGGAGGGGGGUGUUAUUGAAAAAUGUACUUUAAUAUUUUAAUUGA